AUGUCUACCACAACCACAUCCGUCAGUGCAACCAGCACCGCCUGCGGUGGCAGUGUUUGGCAACUUCCAACACAUGAUGCUGCUUGCGCCGCUGUUAUUCGUGGCAAUGUCACGGAUGUCAUGACACAGUGCUGCGGCGAUGCAACACCCCACAAGUACGACAACGACUGCGGCAUCUACUGUCUCGCCCAGGGUCAAGAUGUCCAGAAGCUUCAGACCUGCAUUAGCAGCAAGAGUGGUAAUUAUAACGACGUUUUCUGUAAUGCCGCUCAGAACGCAACUGCAACUGCCACCGGCUCCAGGUCCACCUCUACCGGCACCAAAACGGGGACCAGCACCGGCUCGACCUCAAGCUCGACUCACAAUGCCGCCGUUGUGAAUCAGCCAGUCUCAAAGUCUGGCCUUGGACUGAUUGCCCUUCUGUUCGGCUCUGCUUUCAUGGCUGUCCUUGCUUAA